UUUCUGCUUGUGUGUUGGCUCAAACAUCUCUCAGUGAAAUAUUGCACUCCAACUUCUAAACUACACCAAUACACAUACUGCCAUUACUUACAUACAUACAUAUAUAUAUAUAUAUAUAUAUAUGUAUAUAUGUAUGUAUGUAUGUAUGUAUAAUGUAUGGCUCUCUUUUUCUGUGUUAUGACUGUAUGAAAUAUUCUGGACCUUUUAUUUUGCUUUUUUUUUUUAAGGACCCCCAAUUUGGAUAAAUAAAACAAGAAAUUGAAACAAUUUUUAAAAACCAGUUUAGUUGUAAUUCUUUCUCAUAGCAAUUCUGUCGCAGACAACAUAAAAUGAUUCUUUCGUUCAUUCCUUUGCUUAGCAUCUGUUUUAAUUUCUGCCUACCAAAUUCACUCACAACCAUCACAAGGCCCAGCCUUUGUUGCUGUGUUUCAAUGACCCUCAGAGAUAUGCCAGCAGAGCACAAGGUCCUGGCAUGUCCUCCCAUGCUGGACAGGUCAAUGGAUAAAGUCUAGACUUGGAGCUGCUUUUCUCAGAAGUAAAACUGGGGUCGCAUAGGAUCAGUAACUCUACCUAGAAAAAAAAAUGCUAAGUUCCAAAAGCAUUGAUGACAAUUGAAAGCUAACAAAACCUGGAAGAGGAACACCUUCCUUCAGGAAAACGUGGAGCAGAAUGAUAAAAUCCGAAAGCAAAAUGCAAGGAUCCAGCUCAAGAGAAGCAGAAAAGACAACCCAAGGUUGAGAAGAGAGGAGAACAGUUAUGGAUGGCCGAUAUUCCAUCAGAAUCCAAGACUUAAUUAAAUUCACUGACCAGGCAUUAGUCAGCCUGAUCUAUUGGAGAGGACACUUGCCAAAGUGGUGCAGAGUGGGAUUGAACUUCAAACCAUGGGGCUGCCAAGCAAACUUCUUAGUUAUGUAGCCCCAUUCAAGGUUGAUACAGUAUUUAAUAUGCGAAGACCAUAUGAUUUGGUGGCCUUCAUGAAACAAGAAGAAAGAGCAGUGAUGUUGGAUAACUUGAAAAAGGAACUGUUGAGUCGAAAGGAUGAAAUUGAUAAAAGUGAAGAUCGCGACACUGACCUGGAGCAGAGAUUUUAUCGAUCUGAGCCAGACUGCAUCGCUGUUGGUAAACCGUUGCCAGAGUUUGAUCUUUAUAUUAGUACUGUCCUGCCUUUAGAAAACAAGGGGAUCAGACAAGAGGAACAUAUUGAUUUCAAAGCUGUGCCAAGUAACAAACCUCUUCCCCCUGAUUGUACCCAAGUGACAGAUCUUCACUACAGCAUCCAUGCAUUCGAACAUCUUGAGGGCAUGAAAGCAAGAAAGAAUCUUUCUGGUACUGCUGAACUUGGUCUGAAGAAUGCUAUUCCUCAUCGAGAUAAUGUCGAUGAUUACGGAAACCUGAUCUAUGAAGCUAUGAAGAAGAACAAAACGUCCUGGGUUCUAUUCAACAUGGCAGCAUUUUACUGGCGUAUCAAGGGAGAUUCCUACCAAGUUAUUGAAUGUCUACGCAGGGCUUUGCAUUAUUCUCCAAGGAUGCAGAAGGAUGUGGCUCUGAUUAGUUUGGCUAACGUCCUGCACAGGGCCCGUUAUUCUAAUGAGGCAGCUAUUGUUGUACAUGCAGCUCUUGAUGUCUCAAAGGAGUUAAACGUUAACCACUUCACUCUGGGUAACAUCUACGCGGUUCUGGGAGAGUACAAUAAGUCUGUGAUAUGUUUUGAAAAUACUUUGAAAAUCCAGCCAGAAUUUGAAGCAGCAGCAAAACGAAAACAUGCCGUCCUCUGCCAUGCAAAGCUUGAAAGUGCGUUGGAGGCUCAGCAUAGGUCAUUGCAACGCACUUUGAAUGAUUUGAAAGAUUAUCAACGGAAGCACGAUUUCUGGCAGCAGCAGAACACCAAACUGCAAACGGAGCAGGUUCCUGCUGAUGUAAAGAUGAUUCAGGAACAGACAUUUGAUCAACUUAAUUCCUGGCAUUCUAAUGCGAACCUGUGGAGUAAAACCGGAAAUACUGGAGCCAAUCAAGACGAUUUCUGUCAAAUGAUAGAUCGACAUGGUCAUCAUAUACUAGAAUGUAAUCGGGACCGGAAACCAUCUUCCAACUUUGAUUUCUCUCUAAGUUCAGAGGAUUCAUCAUCCAAUACGGAAACUAAGGAAAAAGAUCCUGCAUGGAGUUUAGAUGCAAAGUCAACAACCGAUUACUCUGUGCCAGUCAGAGCACCAUUAUAUUCUGCUGAAAGCAAGAGCCAUCAUCACAAGGAAAUGCCCGUAGACUGGCCAUCAAAGGAAGAAUGUGAUAUGUAUGUUCAAAAGUUUCCUGAUCCUCAGAAUAUGUCGACUGUUUACCUGUCCCCUGAAAACAAAGGAUUUGAAGUUCGUGCUUUACUUUCGGAAGCUCAGAGUCUUUAUGCUGGAGAUGAACAUCCCCUUCCAUGGUAUCCACCCAUUUGUACCCCACUUUUGGAUAUCACUGAUGGUAGUGUUCUCACUUAUGAUCACAUCCGGUCUGUGGCUGACCGGGCUAACUUUGCUUUGAAGUUUCCUGAGCCAGCCAUGAGACAGAUUCUCCUGGACCACGUAAACAACGGAAUUGUCACCAAAGAAGAGGUUGGACAGAGGAUUCUUACUGCUUUAAAACAGAGUAUUAGUCCAAACUGGAUUCUUUUCAACCUAGCUGGACUCUAUUGGAGAAUAUUGGGCAAUGCUUUCUAUGGAAUUGAAUGUAUAAGACGGGCCCUGUACACAGUUCCUGAACUCUACCGAGAUGUCCCUCUCAUCAAUCUUGGCAGCAUUCUAUAUAGAGUUGGUCGCUAUGAUGAUGCAAUUGUUGUCAUAAAAGAUGCUCUUAUGAUUAACAGUGUAGAGCCUUUGACCAACUAUUUUUUGGGCAAUUUACUUGUUGCCACCCAAAACUAUACAGGUGCUGUGUGGCAUUACGAACAAGCUCUUGUAGAACCAUACGGUCUGAAAGAAGCUUACAGUGCACUCCGGGCAGUGAAAUGUCAACAGAAGUUUCACAAACCGGCGCAGAGUGAGGCCUCGCACCACCUGAGUGAUGCAAAUGGCAUGACCGAUUCUUCCACUACAAGUCCGAAUUGUCAACAGAAAAUAAUGUAUUCUACCAACAUUCCUCAAGGAGAGAGCAGGGUCAUAUGUCAAACUGAGAACGGAGCUGAAAAGUGUGUCAUUGAAACACGAAGCCAUUCCAAAUCUUCCAACUGUGAUGGUCAUUGUACUCAAACCUGCACAAUUAUUCCGAUCAAACUGGAAUCUUGUGCUUCAGCCAUGUCAUCACAAGGAGGUCUUGGAGCUGCAGUAAUGGCUGCUACAGAAUUUAACAAUGGUAUCUGUGACCAUGAUGCUGAUUGCCCAGGGAAUAAAGACUCUUGUAAAGAGGAAAAAUGUCAUCAAAUUAAUGUUCAGCCUCAUGUAUGAAGACCCCAAGAUGGCUGGCUUACCUUUCACCUCUGUACCCCCACCCCACCCCCACCCUGCCACCUUAUUUAUAUUCUGCCACCAACAAUCACGACACACGACGACGAAGGCUCUCAAUCAUUUUUCAUUUAGUGACAACUAAAUUAUUUCAAUACCUUAACUGCAAGUGCCAAGCGAGCACUGAACUCCUUGGAUGAAACUAGGGAACAUUCUAGUUCAGUAGUUACCAAACUGGAGCAAUUCCUAUACACACACGUGCAUACAUUUAUAUAUGCUUCAUAUAUAUAUAUAUAUAUAUAUAUAUAUAUAUAUAUAUGUAUAUAUAUUAUGUAUACGUAUAUGGAAUUUUCGUACACAUUGCAACUGAUCUCGAGGACAUUUUUUGUUUUUUUAUUAUUU